UUCUCUGUCAACUGCUUGAGAGGAUCUAUUGCAUGCUUUGAAAGAAGCUAUGAUCAGGCUCAGUUCUGCAAGGCAAGGAAUGAGGAUCACACUGGCUGAAUAAAGUUGUGGCUUCCAGGUCUGAAAUAAUGGUUUUGUCUGUCCCAGUGAUUGCUCUGGGAGCUACAUUGGGGACUGCUACUAGCCUCCUUGCCUUAUGCGGUCUUACCUGCUUCUGCAAAUAUAUGCGACCUGGGAAAGGAUCUUCUGAGAAGGAACGGGAUCUGGAGACUGAAAAUGCCAAACCCAGCGUGCUUCAGGCACUCCAUCAGUUUAAUGUUGAGAAGACAGCAGAGCCAGUACAACCCCGGACAAUCCUCAGCUUUCCCCAUAUCUAUGGCCCAAAGCCUGUCGUGACCACCUCAGAAAUUGUUAACUAUGUAGAUUACAACGUGAAGCCAGGAGAAGAACCAAGCAAAGGAAAGCCUGCAGCUCUGGAUAAGAAAAGGAUGACCAUACAAGUCAACGAAGAGCUAUUUCUUCUCCCUCAAAAUGGUGGGGUGAAGGAUGUUUGUGUCACUGAGCACCUGAGUCCUGAAAAUGCUGCAGGCUGCAAUCAAGUCCCAGAACUUCACUAUUGUCUGGGCUACAACCGACAGAAAGAGGCUCUGUCCAUUGCUUUUCUUGAAGUCUUAUAUGGAACUGCAGCAGGAGACCAAAACAAUGGAAGUGAUUGCUACAUCUUAGGUACUUUGGUGAACAAUUCUGGCACUACAGAAGCCCAGACUGUGUUGAAGAAGAAGCAAGCCCAUGUUGUCUGGGAAGAAGCUCUACUGUUUCCAGUCAAGGAGGAGGAGCUACGAGAGGGGACACUGACCCUCACCUUGAGGAACUGUGACAAGUUCUCUAGACACAGCAUUAUUGGUGAAAUUAAACCAAAUCUGGCUACUGUAGGAGAGAAGUAUGGACCAGUGCAGUCUGAGAAGGUGAAAGUCCUUGACAAGGAACCAGAUGCAGGCUAUGGAGAAGUUCUGCUUUCUAUCAGCUAUUUGCCUGCAGCAAAUCGCCUGCUUGUGGUACUUAUAAAGGCCAAAAAUCUCCAUUCCAAACAGCUGAAAGAACUCAUUGGAAAAGAUAUCUCUGUCAAAGUGACACUGAAGCAUCAGACCUUGAAACUGAAAAAGAAGCAGACAAAGCGUGCAAAACACAAGAUCAACCCAGUAUGGAAUGAGAUGAUCAUGUUUGAGGUACCCCAUGAUCUGCUCUGUGCUUCAAGUGUAGAGCUGGAGAUGCUAAGCCAGGAUGCUGAUGGGCAGAAUCGCUUACUGGGCAAGUGCAGCCUUGGUCUGCAUGCUGCGGGAACCGAGAGGAACCACUGGGAGGAGAUGCUGAGGAACCCCAGGAGGCAGAUUGCUAUGUGGCACCAACUUCACAUGUAGUUAAAGAGGUGGAAAUGGUGAUCCCCUCAUGUCCAGUAAGCUGGUCACAGAUCUGGAAAAAAGAGUUCUGUUUCAAUAUCCUAAGCACGCACACACACACACUCACACACACACACACCAUGAAUUGAAUCCAUUCACGUGAUUAAGCACAAGUUUUGUUUAUUGAUACUGUUAUUAAUUGUGUUUUACUAAAUGAAUAUUGUAGAAAUGGGUAGUCAAAAUGGCAAAUGGUUCAUUGACCCAUAAUAAUGCUUGGUUUGUGGGAUCAUUUCUUCAGCUUCU